GUUCGGUCAGAGUCAGAAGGUUGAAAAGUAGGGCGCUCAGAAAACAGAACUUUCAGACGCUGGAAUGCAAUAUGUGCAUUGCCCAGCUGAGCAAAGGCGACCUUCUUCGCUAGCUCGUUCAGCAGCCACCACAGACGCCGAGGAACGAUUGAGGGGGGAACAUCUUUGAUCACGUAGAAUUGGGUGGAAGUACAGGUCUUUGGCACUCCCCUAGGCUUCAGCACAUCCUCUUCGUGGCUGGAUAAGAGCAGCAUUUCUAUCCAGAAACAUAUUCCUGCAAGCUUCAAAGUCCAGCAUUAGGGUUUGGAGCUCAUCAGCGUGGUCAAAUCACAGCGCAUGGCCCGACCUAGAGAGAAGACAAGCAGGGUUGUGAAGCUCAAGCUGCCUGUGGUCCUGGCCUUGUGCUGCAGCAGCCUCCUGUGCGGCCUUCUGAUCGGGCAGCGUCAGGUGGCGUCACCUGCCGUGGGACAACCUCAUGAGUACUCUGGUCGGCGGAAGCUCGAAGCUGUGUCUGAGGAGCAACUAGCCAGUCUGCAGGCGGAGGAAACAAAGCCAGAGAUCUUGCCAGUCACCGACACAGGGCGUACGUACCUGAGCCGAUUUGACUACCAGGUUCUCAGCUUCAAGCCGAGAGCUGUACUUUUCCGAAACUUUACGCCCCCUGAGAAGUGUGACGAGAUAGUGAAGCUCGCUGAGAAGCAGCUCGCACCGUCAGGCUUGGCUCUGCGGAAAGGAGAGACGGAUGAGACGACGAAAGAUAUCCGGACAAGCUCCGGGACUUUUCUUGCUGCGCAUCAGGAUGUAACGGGCUCGUUGGACUGGGUUGAGAGGGCGAUCUCAGAGGCGACGAUGAUUCCGAUCGAGCAUGGAGAGGCUUUCAACGUGCUUCGAUACGAAAUAGGACAAAAGUACAACAGUCAUUACGACUACUUUGCCACGGACGAAUACGGGCCGCAGGAUAGUCAACGGAUGGCAUCGUUUCUGCUGUACCUGAGUGACGUGGAGGAGGGCGGGGAGACCAUGUUCCCGUAUGAAAACGGCGAGAACAUGGACGGUGGGUAUGACUUCCAGGCGUGCAUAGGGCUGAAGGUAAAGCCCAGGAAAGGGGACGGGCUGCUAUUCUACUCGUUGACGCCGAACGGCUCGUACGACAAGACGUCUCUUCACGGGAGUUGUCCAGUCGUCCGAGGGCAGAAGUGGGUGGCAACGAAGUGGAUCAGAGAUAAGCCCAUUCGGUAACAGUGGUAGCGGCUGACUUGGUCGCAACAAUGUCAGCUUCGCUCUGCUUGAGCAAAGCAACGGCUGACUGCCCCGAGUUUGAUAGCAACGAAAGAACUGUCCUGGAAGCCAUGUAUAAACAAGAAGCAAAGAAGAGACUUCUAAGGAGGAUAGAUCAUCUAAGUAUGAGUACUAGUAGAAUUUUAAGCGAGUUUGUUGUAUAUUAGCCUGGCACGCAUUCAGUUUGCAAGCCGCUUUCAAAUGCUCGACGGAAUUGCAACAACGGUCAGAUUGCAGCAUCUAGGAUCGAUCAGAAUCAAUCUUUGCAUUAUCAGUGUUCUAAGCGUUGUGAGACUUAAGAUUUGAAUCACUAGAUUGCCGUUCCCGGGCCCAUUGCUUCCCCGGGGUCGGCGGACUCUAUUCUUUCAAUGCAAU